AUGUCGACAACGGAAAACUUUCUUCUGGUGCAGAAGGCCACCAUCGCCAUGCUUGGCUUUGAUCUGUUCAGCGGCUCUGGUGAGAUGUGGAAAUAUCGGCACAGGUGCAUCAACGUGUACUCCAUUGCGACCAUCUUUCCGUUCAUCCUGGCAGCCGUGAUUCAUAACUUAAAGAACGUAAUGCUGCUGGCGGACGCUAUGGUGGCCCUGCUCAUCACCAUAUUGGGCCUCUUCAAGUUCAGCAUGAUCAUCUAUCUGCGAAAAGACUUUUGGCGGAUGAUUGACACGUUUCGCCACCUGAUGACCCAUGAGGGGGAACAGGGCGAUGAGUACGCCCAGAUCAUAAUCACGGCCAACAAGCAGGAUCAGCGGGUGUGCGGCAUAUUCCGGACUUGCUUCUUCCUGGCCUGGGCCCUGAACAGUGUCCUCCCCUUUGUGCGAAUGGGUCUGAGCUACUGGCUGUCGGGACAUGUCGAGCCAGAGCUACCCUUUCCCUGUCUCUUUCCCUGGGACAUCCACAACAAACGCAACUACGCGCUGACCUUCUUGUGGUGUGCAUUUGCCUCCACGGGUGUGGUCCUGCCAGCCGUCAGCCUGGACACCAUCUUCUGCUCCUUCACGAGCAACCUGUGCGCCUUCUUCAAGAUCGCCCAGUACAAGGUGCUGCGCUUCAAGAGCGAAACCCCCGAGGAGUCGCAGGCGAAGCUCAACAAGAUCUUUGCGCUGUACCAGAAGAGCCUUGACAUGUGCACGGAGCUGAACCACUGCUACGAGCCGAUCAUCUGCGCCCAGUUUUUCAUUUCCUCGCUGCAGCUCUGCAUGCUCGGCUACCUCUUCUCGAUCACCUUCAGCCAGACGGAGGGCGUCUACUAUGCCUCCUUCAUUGCCACCAUCAUCAUCCAGGCGUACAUUUACUGCUAUUGCGGCGAGAACGUGAAGACGGAGAGCGCACUCUUCGAGUGGGCCAUCUACGAUAGUCCCUGGCACGAGAGCCUGGGCUCCGGUUUGGAAUCCUCCUCCAUCUGUCGUUCUCUACUGAUCAGCAUGAUGCGGGCAUCUCACGGAUUCCGCAUCACAGGCUACUUCUUUGAGGCCAACAUGGAGGCGUUCUCAUCGAUUGUCCGCACCGCCAUGUCAUAUAUUACCAUGCUACGCUCCUUCUCCUAG